UCUGAUCUACUCCUCUUUCUGUGAGAAAAUGGGCUCAGCUGAAGUAUAUGGAUUUGUGGCAGUCCGCUUACUCAUCCUCACUCUGCUGGCAAAUUCCUCUGCAGCAUGCUACUGUGACAAACGGUUUCACAAAGAGCUCUGGAAGCAAGCCUGCGUAUCUGACUUUGUGGUCCAAGGGAGAUUUGCGGAUGCGGUCAUAGGACAACCUAGGUGGAACUGGGCACGCUAUAUCUUCGAAACCUCAGAGAUAUUCAAGAAGCCUGAGUCUCUGGAAUGGAGUAACUCGCUGUACACUCAACUACAGGGAUACAACUGCGGAUACAAACACGAGCAGCCUUUCCAUAAUUUAGAAUUUGUCGUUACAGGGUAUAUGGCGCAGGACAUCCCAGCAAUCAAUGUAUGUUCCUUCAUCAAGCUACGGAAACGGAUACCUGAAAAACAGAUUCAAGAUCUAAGGGCGAAAGUUGAUACAGAAUGUAACAGAAUGCCUGGAUUUUUUGACAUGUUGAAUCACGGGACUAGCAUUGAUAGUAAAAAUUGUGCGUUUUCAGGCACAUGGCAGAGGUGGAGAUAAAAAGAGGUGUCUUCUGCCAACUGAAGGGUUCUAAGCUGGCACCAUUCUAUGAUGACAAAAAAGGGGGUCCACUAGCAGAUAUAUCCUUAAUCUAUAAUUAACUUCUCUGCAGAUCAGAAAGAAGUGUAAGGGGCUUGACAGUGAAUCAGAUGGGAUCUAUCACUGUAUAUUUUGGGUCAAGGGGAUAGGGUCAGAACAAGGAGCUUGAUCAGAGAAAACUGAUGGAACAGCCAAGUAAUUAGGUCUUCACAUUCUCAAAAGGGUCUGUUUUGAAUUGAAUAAGGUAGCAUUCCCGCCACCUGCCAGUCCUGUAAUCACACAUCACUGGGAGUCCAGCAACUGUAGCAUACACCACCUGUGAUCUUCCAAAUACAGAAGAAAAUCCCCACUAUUUAAACAAAACAGUGAUCAUGCAUAUGAGGUGACCAUCCAUAUCCAUGUGGAGCCCACCACACAUGGUUGUUAUAACUGAAAAGGGCCAGAUGAACCAAGGAACAGAAAAGGGUUAGUUAAAUCUCCAGUGCAAACAGUAACACACCUGUCCUUAUACUGUUUCCGGGCUGUUGCAGACAACAGUGUGUCCAACUACACAUGAUUCUCACAAUCUUCUGUUGCUCUGGGUAGAAGCUGCCUAAAGAGACCUUUGCUUUAACUUGUGUGAGAAAGAAACUAGAUAUAUUCUUAAGCAAAUCAAUGAGUACCUAAUAGAAAACCCUGGGGGACCAGAUUGACCCAUUCGGAUGCCAGAUGUUUAUGCAUAGGUUAGGGAGAGGCAGAGUUGGGACUCAGAAACAUUGAUUUUGUAAGCAGCAGGAGAAACCAUCCUCACCUGUGUUCAUAUCCCGGUUGUUAUCUCACCCACAGGUGAGGCGUGGUUAGCCGAAAUACGUGGCUGAAUUUCCAUGCACUGCCAUUCCUCUCAGUCACUGUAAACAGCCAAGAUUGCAUCUCCAAUAUGGCAUGGCUACAGACCAAACAUCUGGCUGGCUUACGCAGAACCAACACCCCCAAUCUUCCACAUCUGGAACUCAACUAGCACCCAAGCAUCUGGAUACCUUCAUAGAGCUCUCCUGAAGCAGUGAUAUCUUCAUCGACCCUAACAGGGCAGGGAUUCUUCCCAAUGUUGUUGCUUAUUUUUCGUUGCCUACUUUUAAUUAAACACCUAUUCUAAACCA